GCUUGAGCGAAGCGCAGUUUCUUGGUCCAACGCUACACCGUACCGUCCAGGAGGCGAGUUGCAUCCUGGUUCUGUCGGUUCCUCGCGGCGUCCUGGUGUCCUGUGUACCCGGCGUCGCCGCCACCCCGGUCAUGAACCGCGAGAGCUUCGCAGCGGGCGAGCGGCUGGUGUCACCGGCUUAUGUGCGGCAGGGCUGUGAGGCCCGCCGCUCGCAUGAGCACCUGAUACGGCUGCUUCUGGAGAAGGGCAAGUGUCCAGAGGAUGGCUGGGACGAAAGCACACAGGAACUCUUUCUCCAAGAGCUCGCCAUCAUGGACAGCAACAAUUUCCUGGGCAAUUGUGGUGUGGGAGAAAGGGAAGGGAGAGUGGCCUCCUCUUUAGUUGCUCGUCGCCAUUACAGGUUCAUUCAUGGAAUUGGACGAUCGGGUGACAUCGCUGCUGUGCAACCCAAAGCCGCGGGCUCUAGCCUUUUGAACAAAAUUACCAAUUCUUUAGUACUGGACAUCAUAAAGUUGGCUGGUGUGCAAACAGUGGCUAACUGCUUUGUUGUACCAAUGGCAACCGGCAUGAGCCUAACCCUGUGCUUCUUAACCUUACGGCACAAGAGACCGAGAGCAAAGUAUAUUCUAUGGCCACGGAUAGACCAGAAGUCCUGCUUUAAAUCCAUGGUCACUGCAGGUUUUGAGCCCGUGGUGAUAGAGAACGUCCGAGACGGGGACGAGCUGCGCACUGACCUCAGCGCAGUGGAGGCUGCGAUCCAGGAACUCGGGCCGGAUCACGUUCUGUGCAUUCAUUCUACUACUUCCUGUUUCGCUCCAAGGGUGCCUGACAGGUUGGAAGAGUUGGCGGUGAUGUGUGCGCGGUAUGACAUUCCACACAUAGUCAACAACGCUUACGGCAUGCAGGCCUCCAAGUGCAUGCACCUCAUCCAGCAGGGGGCCCGGGUUGGUAGAAUAGAUGCUUUUGUUCAGAGCUUGGACAAAAAUUUUAUGGUCCCAGUAGGUGGCGCUAUAAUUGCUGGAUUUAAUGAUGCCUUCAUUCAAGAAAUCAGCAAGAUGUAUCCAGGCAGAGCUUCAGCUUCACCGUCUUUAGAUGUCCUUAUUACUUUAUUAUCCCUUGGAUCAAAUGGCUAUAAGCGGCUGUUGAAAGAAAGAAAGGAAAUGUUUUCCUACUUGUCCAGCAAACUGAAGAAGCUGUCAGAAGCCUUCAGUGAGCGACUGUUGCACACGCCUCACAAUCCCAUAUCCUUAGCCAUGACUCUUCAGACCCUCGAUGAACACCAGGACAAAGCUGUCACUCAGCUUGGCUCAAUGCUUUUUACCAGACAGGUGUCUGGAGCCAGGGUUGUGCCUCUUGGGGCUGUGCAAACCGUGAGUGGCCACACUUUCAGAGGCUUCAUGUCCCAUGCAGACGACUACCCGUGUGCCUACCUCAACGCGGCGGCAGCCAUCGGCAUGCAGGCGCAGGAGGUGGACUUGUUCAUCAAGAGGCUUGACAAGUGCUUAAAGGCGGUCCAGAAAGAACAGAACAAAGCGAGCCCCGUGCCUCAAGCCAGCUGGGGUGACGGCGCUGAAGAGGCAGACAUUGGAGAAGUGGCCGGGAACCCGGAGAAUGUGCUCUGUGACACGUGCCAGGACGCUUCCUGAAGCGCAAAGGGCUGCUUUGGGAGACGCGAAAGCAGUAGGGAUGCUACAGUACAAGCAGGCGGUUCAAAGAAAAGACAGAUUUGGGGAUCGAGGACUCCUGGAGAAGUCUCAAAGAAUAGACUGGGCUGAGCUAGUCAUUGGCGGUGGUUAGGCUUUUGAGUCUUUAAAAGAUUCAAAUAGCAUUUUCCUAAUUGUUCCAAUAUUUGAUUCAGGCAAUUCUUGCUAAUAGAACAGCUGUAAAAUGA